UCCAGCUAAGCCGAUACCGCCUUACACCUGUGAAGCGGAGACAACUUGCUAGAACCUACUUACGCUUACACCUGCCGCUCCCACUUCACGCGCCGACAACACGAGCUUGUCCCAGUUGCUUAUCCAAGUUUGUCUUGAGACUGGCUGUGGACUGGCACUGCAGUGACACUCCGCAGACGAGAAGGUGCCCAAGUUUUCCAUCUGGAAGUUCCCGGUUAGAGCAGUCUGAGUAGAAAAGAAAAUCACUGUUGUGUUCUGAAUUUAGAAGCUACUUAUCUUAGGGACGUUCUGAGCUUCUAGAAAGCAAGUAACUUCUAUCAGUUUACUAAGUGUGGGAGAGUGACCCAUAACCUCAGACCCUUCCUCAGAGUAACCCUAAGGAGUUUGGGGACAAGUGCUAGACCCUCUGCUGCCUUAACUGCGUUAACAUGCACUGCAGAGCUUGCCUCUUGCUGGAAAGAGACUUCGAUGAGUUCAAGGUGAACAAUUUUGAGGGUAUUACUGCUGUGCCUUUAGAUGAAGAUAUGAUGAAAUGGGAAGCUGAAAUUAGAGGUCUACAAAAUUCAAUUUGGCAAGGACUUGUCUUCCAACUGACAAUAAAUUUUACACCAGAGUACAACUAUUCCCCUCCAGUUGUGAAAUUUACAACAAUUCCUUUUCAUCCGAAUGUAAACCCACAGACUGGUCAGCCCUGUAUCGAUUUUUUGGACAACCCCAAUAAAUGGAAUGAAAGGUAUACAUUGAGCAGCAUCUUACUUGCCAUACAGGUUAUGCUUUCUAAUCCAGUGCUAGAAAAUCCAGUGAAUUUGCAAGCAGCUGAAUUACUGAUGAAAGAUGAAUCUUCAUACAGAAAAAUAAUUCUAAAACUUUUCAAUGAGCCAUUACAAUCGGAAGAUGACAGCCCAGAGUUACCAAAAGAACCAGAAAAAUGUACUGGAGCAGUUAAAACAGUCUCAUUUAAUGAUUACUACAAGACAUGAUCUGGAAUAGCUACAUCAAAAGCCACAGAAUACUACAGAACUCCAUUGCUCAAAGAUCCAAAUUUCACUGGACAGUAUUAUAAAUGGAAGAAAAUGGAUCUACAAUAUCCUAAAGAAUGGAAUUUAAAGUUUGCUGCUUUCAAAUUUCGGUUUGCUAGGGAAAACAGAAUGCCUCACAGAGUCAGUCAUUCAGCAGAAAGAAGUCAUCUCUGCCCAACUCCAGACAAAAUUUCUUCUGAGCCACAGCCUGAAAUAAAUAUUAUCACAGAGGUUUAUGAAAUGGAAAAGAAGUGGGAGAGUGAAUCUCCAUCAUCUGAAAAUGAAAGGGAUGAGUCCUGGGAAGAGGAGGUGGACCGUCUGGUAGCCUGGACCAGCGCUCUCAAUACAGAUACUCUAGAAGACUAAGCAGAACGAACACUCCAGGAUUUAAAGAACAAACAGCCUCCACCACAGCUCAGCCUCAUGGAGCACCUUUGGAAGGCUCUCAGAACUUAGAUUCCGUUUUGUUCAAGUUGUUCUCAUCCUCUCACUACAAGUACAAAUUAGAAAUAUAAG